AUUUAAAAUGGAUGCGACUUACAAAGGAGAAAAACCACCCAAUCCAAGAUCAAAAGCUAAUAUUUUUGAAAUUAUAACAUAUAGUCAUUCUAGUGCCAUAUAGCAUCAGGUACAAGUGUUGAUCAAGCAUUGCCUUAAAUAUGGGUUGGUGGGUAUUGGUAGAAGAAAAUAGGAAAUUGUAUAGGGCCGUAUAACUGCAGUAUUAUGAAGGGAAUAACCUAAAAAUUCAAAUUGAGUUGAAUCAUUAAUGUCUGUAACGUGUGCACGCAUUUUUAUUAUUUUAAGAUGGAUUUUAAACUUUGUCAAAAAAGGAUUAAAAAAAGAAUUAGAUUUGAUUGACUUAUAUGAAGUUUUGGAUGAUGAUUCAUCAGCUUUAUUGGGAAAUAAGUUACAAAAAUUUUGGGAUGACGAAUUAAUAAAUUCAAAAACUAAAAAUCGAAAGCCUAGUUUUCUCAAGACGUUAAUUAAAAUGUUUGGCACAAAGUUUAUGUUAAUUGGAAUUUCAAUGACGGUAAUUCAGAUUAUUUUAAGCAUAAGCAUUUCGACAAUGGUAGGCCUUAUAGUCAAUCAUUUUGAAACUAAUACAUCUUUAGAUCAAAAUCCGGUUGGAGUAUAUUUAGCAAUUGGAUUAAUUUCACUUUUGUUGAUAAGGGCUAUAAUCUAUAACAGCUUCAGCAUGUCAAUUGCACAUAUAUCGAUGCAAAUUCGAGUAGCGACAUGUGAUCUGAUUUACAAUAAGGCAUUACGACUCAAAAUAAAUUCACUAGAUCCGACCACAACUGGACAUAUAAUAAAUUUAAUGUCCAACGAUGUUAACCGAUUUGAUGUGUCUGUAAUUUAUAUACCUUUCUUAUGGCUUGGACCUUUGGAAACAUUUGCUUCGAUGUUUUUUUUGUGGCAAGAAGUAGGUGCGUCAUCAGUUAUAGGAGUGGGCGCGUUGCUCAUCUUUAUACCAUUACAAGUCUGGUUGGCGUCGAAAACUUCCACUAUUCGAUUAAAAACAGCCAACCGAACCGACGAGAGGGUUCAUUUGAUGAAUGAAAUAAUAUCGGGAUUACAGACAAUCAAAAUGUAUACUUGGGAACCUUUUUUUGAUAAUCUUACAAAAGGAUUAAGAAAGAAAGAAAUGACUCAAAUUAUUGAAUCGUCAUACAUUAAACGUAUCUUAUCGUCUUUCUUUAUAUUUAACACAAGAAUCGCAUUGUUUGUAAACAUUUUUUCAUACGUUCUGCUUGGAAACUACAUAACAGCAUCAAAAGUAUUUGUUAUAACAACAUACUAUGGCAUUUUGCGGUCGUCACUAUCACUACUUUUCCCACCGGGGAUAAGCCUAGCUGCUGAAUUACUAGUUUCAAUCAAAAGGUUUGAGAAUUUCCUUUUACGAGAAGAAAAGGAUAAGCGACCACAAAGUCAAACAAAAACCACUAAUAUGUUAGAAAAAUCAAGUAAUGGUAGUACCGUGGCAAAUAAAAAUAGUAUAGAUCGAAAUGAUACUGAACAAUUAAGUAAUACUGGUAUAGUCAUAUCGAACGCUACAGCCAAGUGGUCAGACACCCAAACCUAUUACACUUUAGACAAUAUUAAUUUAACUGUAAAACCAGGUCGAUUGGUUGCAAUAAUUGGUCCAGUAGGAGCUGGAAAAAGUUCUUUGAUACAAGCAAUUUUACAAGAACUACCACUUACUGCAGGAGACAUUUCGGUGCGUGGAGUAGUGUCUUACGCAUCACAAGAACCGUGGUUAUUUGCAGGUUCCGUAAGACAAAAUAUUUUAUUUGGUUCACCAAUGGAUAAAGAUCGUUAUAAACGGGUUAUACAAGUUUGUGCAUUAAAAACUGAUUUAGAACAACUGACAUACGGUGAUAGAACAAUAGUAGGGGAAAGAGGAGUUUCUCUUAGUGGUGGACAAAGAGCAAGAAUCAAUUUAGCAAGAGCAAUGUACAAGAAAGCAGAUAUUUAUUUAUUGGAUGAUCCCCUAUCAGCAGUUGACACUCGCGUUGGAAAGCAUUUAUACGAAAAAUGCAUAAAAAGUUACCUUAAGGAAAAGACUUGUAUACUCGUUACUCAUCAAAUACAAUACUUAAUUGAUGUUGAUCAAAUUGUUUUGAUGGAAAAUGCAAAAGUAGUAACAGAGGGUUCUUAUAAAGAACUUCAAGCUUCUGGUUUAGACUUUACUAAAUUGCUUGAAUCUUCUACUGAAACAGCAGUUUUACCCGAUAAUGAGAGAAAAAUUGAUAAGUCUAGCAACAAUAAUAUGGCACGUUCCAUAUCCUAUAUUCGGCAAGAGUCCAUCCUAAGUGUUGCGUCAUCAAUAGAAGAAACCAAAUUUAAUGAUAUUAUAACUGAACCUGUUGAAAUAGCUGAAACCCGUUCUUCGGGAAAUAUAUCAUUUAAAGUAUAUAUGUCAUAUAUUUUUGCUGGUGGUCAUUCAUGCAAAGUUAUAAGUUUAAUAUUGGUCUGUAUUUUUACUCAAUUAUUUGCAUCAGGUGGAGAUUAUUGGAUAACUUAUUGGGUAAAUUUAGAAGAACAUGUUUUUGGUGCAACUAAACCUAACAGUUACAGCAAUUCUACGACAGAUGAUUCUUCUGUAGAAUUGAUGCCAUUGAUUGUAUCAAGGGAAACUUGUGUUAUUGUAUUUGCUGCUUUAACAAUCUUAAUCAUAAUAGCCACCUUAGCAGAAACUGUUUUAUUAGUAUCUGUUUGCACGACGGCAUCAACGAACUUACAUAAUCAAAUGUUCACUGCUAUCACAAGAUCAACAAUGAAUUUCUUAAAUAAAAAUCCAUCAGGGAGAAUUCUUAAUCGUUUUUCAAAAGAUAUAGGGCUGAUUGAUGAAAUAUUGCCAAAUAUAUUAGUUGACGUUAUACAAAUGGGUUUGAUGGUCAUUGGGAUGUUUGUAGUUGUGGGAAUUGUCAAUCCUUAUUUAACCAUUCCGAUCAUAAUUGUAAUGAUGGUUUUUUUUAAAAUGAGAUAUGUUUAUAUGACUACUACUCGUAACAUCAAACGACUAGAAGGAGUUACCCGGAGCCCUAUGUAUACUCACGUAAAUGCAUCGAUCUUGGGACUGACUACAGUAAGAUCAUUUGAAGUAGAACAAAUCCUUUCUAAAGAGUUUGCAAUCCACCAGGAUUUGCACUCAUCCGCCUGGUAUUUAUUUAUUUCUCUGAGUAGAGCAUUUGGAUUUUGGUUGGAUAUCAUUUGUCUAUUAUUUAUAAGUGCUGUGACAUUUUACUUUAUAUUCAUUGAUAAUGGUACAUAUGGUGGAAACGUCGGAUUGGCUAUUACGCAAUCAAUUGGAUUAACUAGUUUGUUCCAAUGGGUAACUAGACAGUCUGCUGAAUUGGAAAAUCAAAUGACGUCUGUUGAAAGAGUUUUAGAAUAUUCAAAUGUACCACAAGAAUCAGCUCUUGAAUCGCCUCCCGACAAGAAGCCAUCAAAAAUAUGGCCACACGAAGGUCAAAUUAUAUUCAAAACAUUUUAUCUGCGUUAUGACCAGGAUGCGCCAUUUAUUUUGAACAAUUUGAAUUUUAACAUUGCACCUGCAGAAAAAGUUGGAAUUGUUGGAAGGACUGGAGCAGGAAAAUCAUCUUUGAUUGCAGCAUUAUUUAGAUUAGCUGUUAACGAGGGUAACAUAAUUAUCGAUGGUGUAGAAAUACACGAAUUGGGAUUACACGACUUGCGAUCCAAAAUUUCCAUCAUACCUCAAGAACCAGUUUUGUUUUCAGGAACAAUGAGAAACAAUUUAGAUCCAUUUGAUGAAUACCCAGAUCAUGUCCUUUGGAAAGCUUUAGAUGAAGUGGAACUCAAAUAUGUAGUAGAAGAUUUGCCAAAUGGUCUAAACUCGAAAAUGUCAGAAGGUGGUUCUAAUUUCAGUGUUGGUCAAAGACAAUUAGUAUGCUUGGCUAGAGCAAUUAUACGAAAUAAUAAAAUUCUCGUUUUAGACGAAGCCACUGCAAAUGUUGAUCCACAAACUGAUUCUUUGAUUCAAAAAACUAUAAGAAAUAAAUUUAGUAAGUGUACAGUAUUAACAAUUGCACAUCGUUUGAAUACAGUGAUGGAUUCUGAUAAGAUACUUGUAAUUGACGCUGGUUCGGUAGUUGAAUUUGAUCAUCCAUAUAAUUUAUUGAAAAAUAAAGAUGGAUUUUUAUACCAAAUGGUAGAACAAACUGGACAAGGCAAUGCUGAAUCAUUAUAUAGUUUAGCUUAUGAGAGUUACAAUAAAGUUCAGAAUAUGUCAAGCGAACAUCCACUAACAAGUAUUAACGAAGAUGGAAACUAAAUUAAGAUCAUGAAUGUUUAGAUAUUUUAUUAUUUACGUAUAAUCAAAUAGAUAUAAGGUAGAAAUAAGGUAGAUUUAAUAUAUCAUUGUACAAUUAAUUAUAAUAAACAUUAGAAGUUGCCUUUA